AUGUGGAGUAGACUCAAUGUUAAAAUGAACUCGCUUCCCACUCUAUUCACCAUUUAUCAGCCCUACCAGAUCGGUGAUAUUGACAUUGAGAACUUUGUCGUGGAAGUAAGUGCUCCCCCUUCACUUCAUCAUUAUUCCAUUCCAUUCGUUCUCUCUAUUUGGUUAGAAACAUGAUAUGCCGCACUAGGUUUCCUCUCAAAAAAUGGCAGCCAUACGAAAUUAUUUGACACAUGCUCCCGAUCUCCGCUUUACCUAUCAAUUAUGAUUAGAAACUUUACACGGAAAAACAAUGAGGUAAUCGAGAAAUGAUAGAACAAGUGCUUGUUUUGCUCUGCUUUCCACUCGAAACCCAUUGUAAGCCUGUAGAAAUCCAACGGACAGGAAGGAGGCGAUGAGCCGGGUCCUCCGACGAUUCCGACCUCUUCCUUCCCUUCGACCACUCGGCGCAUCACUCUGAUGGACUUCUUCGACGUCCGCAAAUUCCAAUCGUCGCAUCGCGAUUUCGUCGUCAAUGACGGACGGCUUCAUGUAGUUUCAGGUACCCCAUAAAGACUGAAAGACGCAGAGAAUCAAACAAUUCCGAAAUCCUUCUGAAUUCGUUGUUUUCAGAUUACUCCCUGAUCGCUCUGCUUCCAGUGAUACUAGUAGGCCUACUGAUAACUACAAUCUUCUGUGUGUACAAGUUCCGACGGUGGAAGCACAACAGGAAACAGGUGAGAAAUCGGAUCAUCUGAACGAAUCUGGAGAGACCUCUUGCAGAUAGCCGAACUGAACGCUUUCUACGAAAUAGUGGAGUCAUCCCCGUGCCUGGCUUCCGAGAAGCCCUACCUCAUCCAGCAUUGUUCCGAUAUAGAAGUGAGUGCUCUGAAGACACGUUCUAUACAAUAACAACAGUUUCAGAAAUCGGAAUGCGAUCGAAUAACACGAGCGGUUUGCGUGCCAACUCACAGCUCGAUCUUCUUCCAGCCAAUCCCUCCGAAAGCGAAAUCAGUGCGUUGCAACAGCGAUGUGCUCAAAGCAGUGAAUGCCAGCGAAGUGAGCAUUUCCCCCAUUUGGCCCCCCGUUUUUUAUCAGUUCAUUUUCAGGUGAUAUUCCAUUUCGCUCAACUGCCGGCCGUUGAGAAGGCCAGCAAGAAACCGCAAUCCCAGUUUAUUCAUCGCGUUUAG